UACUACUCAGGGGAUGCCAUCCUAACCUUCGAACCAUCCCAUCUUGGACUUUAACAGGACCUCAUUGAUUUCUGAGGCAGGACCAUCAGCUGCAACAGCAACCAAUGCAGCGACAAUGUUACAGAGUAUUCUACCGUGAAUAAAGGAACAGGACUUGCAUCAGCCGGUGGCAAGCCAGUAUUGUUAGUUGCAGGAGAGCGAAAGGUGUAAGAUGUGGAACUGAUCGAAAUUAGUAUUUAGAAUUUUGCGCGCAUAAGUUUAAUGUUUGUACUUAUUUCUCGCCUUACAGGUAUUCGUGAGGUUGUCUUAGCUUUGUGUUUAGUUAGGUUUCUGCAGACCUGUUGAGCCUAAACGGAUGUGCCGACAGUGUCAGUGAAUAGGCUAUAAUCAUAGACAACAAUCCACCAAUGUGGUAAUCCACCAAUCUCGGUAAAAUUAAUAUAGAGUGGAAUUAUUUAGCGUAUAUUAAUACAGCUGUUGGCGUUGUUGGUUUGGAAUCUUCAUUUGCGCUGACGGAAGAGGGAAGAGGGUCGCUUGUUGUCUAGAAUUAAGACAGUAGGUGUGCGUACUCUAGAUAAGUUACACGUGUUGCUGCUACGAAAGAGCAAGGUUCUCUUUACGCGUACAUCAGUUACCUCAACUUAAGACCUCUGUCCACGAGACCAAUCAGAUGUGAGAAGUGAUUGGCUCUGGACGACGCACUCCAUAAUACAUUGCAGCAUCCGUUUUUUUAAUAACCACUGGAUACUUUUGGAUUCUUGGUAUCUUGUUUACUACCACAUCGUCGAAGAUGUCGUGCCUUCUAUUUGGAGUACUGAGAAGAUCGGGGACAGCCGUGGGGGUGCGCUCCCUGGCCUCCGUCCCCUCCCUCCCCCCUGCGGUGGCUGAGUUUGUGAAGGGGGCAGUGGAUGAGUGCAAGCCCUCCAGGGUUCAUGUGGUGACGGGGUCGCCUGAGGAGCUUCAGGACAUUUACGCAGGCCUGGAAAAAGAGGGCAUGGUCAAGAAGCUGCCCAAGUAUGAGAACUGCUGGCUGGCACGCACAGACCCGCGCGACGUGGCUCGUGUGGAGAGUAAGACGGUGAUCGUCACUAAGCAGGAGCGCGACACCAUCCCCAUCCCCAGUGGAGGGGUCAAGAGCCAGCUGGGCAGCUGGAUGAGUGAGAGCGACUUCCAGAAGGCCAGGAAGGACCGCUUCCCUGGCUGCAUGGCGGGGAGGACCAUGUACGUCAUCCCCUUCAGCAUGGGUCCGGUGAACUCCUCGCUGUCCAAGGUUGGCGUCCAGGUCACAGACUCCCCGUACGUGGUAGCUAGCAUGGGUAUCAUGACCCGCAUGGGCAGUCCCGUCAUGCAGAAGUUGGCAGAUGGGGCAGAGUUUGUGCGGUGCCAGCACUCACUUGGCAGACCCCUACCUCUGACAGCUCCACUGGUGAACUCGUGGCCUUGUAACCCCGAGAAGGUGCUCAUCUCCCACCUCCCAGACACCAGGCAGAUCCUGUCCUUCGGAAGUGGCUACGGAGGAAAUUCCCUGCUGGGGAAGAAGUGCUUCGCCCUGCGUAUCGCCUCACGCAUCGCCAAAGACGAGGGCUGGCUUGCCGAACACAUGUUGAUUCUGGGCAUCACCAACCCUCAGGGAGUGAAGCGCUACGUGGCGGCGGCGUUCCCGAGCGCUUGUGGGAAGACCAAUCUGGCCAUGAUGAAGCCGGCGCUGCCGGGAUGGACCGUGGAGUGUGUUGGGGACGACAUUGCCUGGAUGAAGUUCGACAGCCAAGGAAAACUCCGAGCCAUUAACCCAGAGAACGGUUUCUUUGGAGUAGCUCCGGGCACCUCCAUGAAGACCAACCCCCACGCCAUGGCAACCAUUGCCAAAAACACGGUCUUCACCAAUGUGGGUGAGACCAGUGACGGAGGGGUCUGGUGGGAAGGCCUGGACGCCCCUGCCCCUGGUAUCGGCGUUACAGACUGGCACGGGAAGUCGUGGAAGUUCGGAGAUGGCACUCCCUGCGCCCACCCCAACUCCCGGUUCUGUGCCCCCGCUGGUCAGUGCCCCAUCAUCGACCCCCUGUGGGAGAGCGCCGAGGGUGUGCCCAUCGAUGCCAUCAUCUUUGGAGGCCGCAGACCAGAAGGUGUGCCCCUGGUCUAUGAGUCCUUCAACUGGCGCCAUGGCGUGUUCGUAGGGGCAGCUAUGAGGUCUGAGGCAACAGCUGCAGCAGAGCAUAAAGGAAAGUCCAUCAUGCACGACCCCUUCGCCAUGCGCCCCUUCUUCGGCUACAACUUCGGCGACUACCUGGCCCACUGGCUGAGCAUGGAGUCGCGCAAGGCCCCCACGCAGCUGCCCAAGAUCUUCCACGUCAACUGGUUCCGCAAGGACCCGGCCAGCGGAGCCUUCCUGUGGCCCGGAUUCGGCGAGAACGCCCGCGUGCUGGAGUGGAUCUUCCGCCGCUGCGGGCGCCAGAGCGACGACGAGGCGGCCAAGCGGAGCAUGGUGGGCUGGGUGCCCCAGGACGGCGGCAUCAGCACGGAGGGGCUCGGCGGGAAGGUGGACAUGGGCGCGCUGUUCGACCUGCCCAAGCCCUUCUGGCAGCGCGAGGUGCACGAGCUGCGGGCGUACUUCACCCAGCAGGUGGGCGCCGACCUGCCCGCGCAGGUGGGCGAGGAGCUCAACGCACUGGAGGAGAGGGUGAGGGAUUGAGCAGGGAAGGAGAGAGAGAGGGAUAGAUAGAAAGAUAGAUAGAUAGAUAGAUAGAUAGAUAGUGAUGCACAAGUGGAG